GUAACAACGCCGCGAGUGUACUGUUCGCGAGAGUGGAUGUGUGUUUUCAUCAUGGCAUUCUCGUUAUUCUAGAUUCAUUGGAUACAUCUGAGGAGGUUUAUGGUCAAAGUCUUCAUUUCGGCGAAAAUACUGAACGAAUACGAACGCCGAGUCCUUAAGUGACCAGGAUGGGGGUCGCUGAGGACUUUGCUCCGAGCUUUACCCAAAAGCCUUCACUCCGGCAAGAGGAUGAAGGCAACCGACUCGUUUUCGAGUGCAAGAUUCUGUCGUCACCGAAACCGGACAUCACCUGGUUUCGAAGUGACACACAAUUGGUUGAGAACAACCGAACUGUUAUGAAAAUUCAAACAGUAGGCACGAAUCUGUUCCUUGUUGUGCUCGAGUUGGACGAUGUUGUGGAAUCGGACGCUGGACUUUACAAAGUGAAAGCAAAAAACAAGAUGGGUGAAGUUGCUGCAUCCAUUAACCUCAACUUUAGUCCUGUUGAUGAACCAAGAGAAAAACAAAUCGAUGGACUUGCGCCAACAUUCUCAAAAAAACCGGCAAUUAGACAAGAAGAUGAUGGAAAAAGACUGCUAUUUGAAUGCAGAAUACAAGCAGACCCUACGCCCUCAGUUAUUUGGUCUCAUGGAGGAAAUAUUGUUAAAGAUGACGCUAGACAUAAAAUGAAAGUCGAAAAAGAUGGACACUCGUAUUUUGCAUCUCUGGAAAUAAAAAAUGUUACGAUUGAAGAUGCUGGCAAGUACAAAGUAACGGCAAAGAACGAACUCGGCGAAAGCAACGCGACAAUCAGCCUCAACUUUGAUAGUGAUGAGACCCCUGCACCAGGGGGAGGUUUCAAACCCUCCUUCACUGAAAGACCCAUCACUCGACAGUCAGACGACGGGUCCAGUAUCACUAUAGAGUGCAGAGUUGUUGGAGACCCGAAACCUACGAUCAUGUGGUACCACAAUGGAAAAGCGGUAAAGGAAGGACCUCGUAUUAUAAUGUCACUAGAGCUGGAUCAGAAACUAUACUACAUGGCCAGGUUAGACAUUCGGAAUGUGGAGAAUGGAGACGGAGGAGAAUACAAGGCAGUGGCGAGUAACAAUCACGGGGAAGCCACAGCCACCAUCAACCUCAACUUUGAGGACGGUGGAACACCCAAAUUACCAGACGGAAAGCCACCAAGGUUUCCCAAGAAACCCACCAUCCACCAAGAUGGAGACAUCCUCGUAAUGGAAUGUCUCCUAGAAGCCAACCCAGUCCCGGAAAUUAUUUGGUACCAAGGAAACAAAGUUAUACUCGAUACAAGCAGAAUAAAAAUGAUCAAGAAAGCUACUGGGAAAGACACAUACUUAUUGAGACUGGAGAUUUCAAACCCCACCAAACAAGAUGGUGGGAAUUAUCGGUGUAAUGCCUGCAAUAGCUUUGGAGAAAGCAAUGCAAACAUUGCACUCAAUUUCCAAGGUGGCGAAGACGGUGCCGGAUUUGCACCCUCGUUUAUCGAAAAACCCAAAAUCAUUCCAAACGAAACUGGUACUCUUAUUACUAUGAGGUGUAAAUGUACAGCCAAACCGAAGCCUGUUGUAACGUGGUACAAGGGCACAAAAGUUGUACAAGAAUCGUCAAAAAUCAAAAUGAAAAUGAACGAGAAGGAAGACACAUACGAAAUACUUUUAGAAAUUCAGGAUCCAGUAGGACCAGACAGUGGCACUUACCGAUGUCACGUUCAGAACGAAUACGGAGAAAGUAACGCAAACUUAAAUCUGAACAUUGAAGCAGAACCUGAGGCUGAAGGCGACCCACCAAUAUUUGUAGACAAGCCUAAAAUACGCUCAGAACAAGGAGGGAAAAUAGUUGUGAUGGAAUGUACAGUGUCGGCCAAUCCCAAGCCAGACAUUAUCUGGUACCACGAAGGUAAACUUCUCUCGCAGAGCAACAAGAUCUCGUGGAGAAUGGAGGAGAAGGGAAACAACACAUACUACAUCAGGCUGGAACUUAAAGAUCCUGGCAAAAAAGAUUCUGGCCUUUACAAAUGCAACAUUAAGAAUCCAAGUGGAGAAUUGAAUGCCAACCUAACUCUAAACAUUGAAAUUGUCCCUGUCAUCAGAGAAGUACCAAAGGUAGUAACAAUUACCAAGAAGAAGACAGUUAUCAUUGAGUGUAGAGUUAAUUCAGUCUUUGAACCAAAAUGUAUUUGGAUGAAGGAAAAGACUGCUGUCAAAGAAGACUCUAGACAUUCAGUUAAAAUUGAAGAGAUGAAAGAGGGUGAAUACUCAGUUCGUCUGGAGAUGUCCAACUGUACCGUGGAAGACAAGGGAACGUACAGGCUGAUAGCCAAGAACGAGAAGGGUGAGGCACAAUCUCAGACAGUGACGAUCACGGAAAUACCUCAGGGCGAACCUCCUGUCAUCAAGGAGAAGCUGAAAUCAGUGACUUUGACAGAAAGCAAAGAUGUUGAGUUCAGAAUCACCCUGUCAUCGACUGACACAACUACUAAGGUGACAUGGAUGAGGAACUCUCAGACUAUUACGAGUAGCUCGACUGAGACAGUAUCAUUUGACGGACAAGUGGCUAAACUAAGCAUCAGCAAAGUAACAAAGGAGUUGACUGGAACUAUCAAAGUAAUCGUUUCCAAUGAAUUUGGAACCGAUGAAUCGACAGCAGAACUUGUGUUAGAGGAAAAAGAAGAAAAGAAAAAAAAGAAGGACGAAGAAAAGAAAAAGGAGGAGGAGAAGAAAAAGGAGGAAGAAAAGAAAAAGGAGGAAGAAAAGAAAAAAGUUGUGGAAAAGAAGAAACAGGAAGAGAAAAAGGAAGAAAAGAAAGAAGAAGUGAAACAGACUAAAGUGGAGGAACUCAAAGUAGAAAGGAGAAAGUCUUCUAUCACUCAGAAAGAAGAGAUUGUUAAGAUACAAGAGUCCAAAAAGAAAGACGAGAGGAAUGGACCAGAGGUGGUGGAAACGAAGACGGAAAAAACCUCCUCCAAAGUGGAAAAGAGGGAGGAGAUUGUAGAAAAGAAGAAAGUGACUCCUAAAGAUGAAAAGGUUGAUGAUAAGAAACCAACUCCAGCGAAAAAGACUGAGGUAAAUGACAUACACAAAGAUAAGGAGCCAAUAAUUGAAACCCCAGAGGAAUCGGAAACCGAGAGUGAAGAAUCAGUCGUGGAAAUUAAAACUCAGGGAACUAAGAAGACUGACACAAAACCAGUAAAGGAUGGAAUAAAACCUGAAGUUCCUAAGCCAAAGGAACCAGAGAGGAAACCUUCCAUUAAGGGAGACAACAAAGCUGACUCUGAAAAAUCCAUAACGGAAAAUGAGAAAGUUAAAAAUGAGGACGGUAAUUAUAAAUCACAAAACAACAAAACUGAUAAACUAAAUGAGAAAGUUAAAAAUGAGGACGGUAAUUAUAAAUCACAAAACAACAAAACUGAUAAACUAAAUGAGAAAGUUAAAAAUGAGGACGGUAAUUAUAAAUCACAAAACAACAAAACUGAUAAACUAAAUGAGAAAGUUAAAAAUGAGGACGGUAAUUAUGAAUCACAAAACAACAAAACUGAUAAACUAAAUGAGAAAGUUAAAAAUGAGGACGGUAAUUAUAAAUCACAAAACAACAAAACUGAUAAACUAAAUGAGAAAGUUAAAAAUGAGGACGGUAAUUAUGAAUCACAAAACAACAAAACUGAUAAACUAAAUGAGAAAGUUAAAAAUGAGGACGGUAAUUAUAAAUCACAAAACAACAAAACUGAUAAACUGAAGACAAAUAAACCCAAACCCGAGGAAAAUGAACAUGAACAGAAAACUGUAGAAAAAGACACAGAGAAAUUAAAACCUUCAGAAAACCCUACCGAACCGAAGACUAUUGAUCAAAAGAGAACCGAACAAGAAACAAAAACAAAAACAGAAACAGAAAAAGUAAAAUCUGAACCACAACCACAAAAAACCGGAAAAACAACACCCGAACCAUCCAAAACUAAUGAUCAAAAGAGAACCGAACAAGAAACAAAAGCAAAAACAGAAACAGAAAAAGUAAAAUCCGAACCACAACCACAAAAAACAACAUCCGAAUCAUCCAAAACUAUUGAUCAAAAGAGAACCGAACAAGAAACAAAAACAAAAACAGAAUCAGAAAAAGUAAAAUCCGAACCACAACCACAAAAAACAACAUCCGAAUCAUCCAAAAAUAUUGAUCAAAAGAGAACCGAACAAGAAACAAAAACAAAAACAGAAACAGAAAAAGUAAAAUCUGAACCACAACCACAAAAAACCGGAAAAACAACACCCGAACCAUCCAAAACUAUUGAUCAAAUGAGAACCGAACAAGAAACAAAAACAAAAACAGAAACAGAAAAAGUGAAAUCCGAACCACAACCACAAAAAACAACAUCCGAAUCAUCCAAAACUAAACCUGAACAAGAGGAAAUAAAAUCAGAAGACAACAAAAGCGAAGCAACCAAAUCCACACCAAUCUCAAAGGAAGCUAAAACAUCAGUAAACGCUUCUGAUUCAGAUAAAACACAAUUUGAGGACAAACCUAAACACGAAACAAAACCUAGGGAAACAACCAAAGAGGAAACACUUCUUACAAAGGAAAAAACAAUACCGGAGGUAAAGAAACCCGAACCAGAACCAACUAAACCUGCCACCACUGCCAAACCUGUUGAACAGCCAAAGAUCAGACGAUAUGAUCCGAUGGCAUUUGUUCCGAGUUCUGACGAGGAAGAAGAAGAGUCGGAAAUGGUAGAGUUACAAAACGUUGGAAAGGAGCAGCCAGAAUCUGCUAAACCCACAGACACACUAAGGAAACCUUCAAUCAAGGAGGAGGAAAAACUUGAACCAGCAAAACCAGGAGAAAUUCAAAGGAAACCUUCUCUUAAGGAGGCAGUUUCAAGACCAAAAGAGGUUUCUGAUUCAGAAGAAGAGCAUGAUUCUGAGUUUGAGGAGAAAACUGAGGCCAAACCAGACGAAAAGAAAAACGGUUUAGCCAAGAAGAAAGAACCAAAGGAGGUGAAGGAGGAAAAGAAAGAGGAAAAGAAAACAACAUUAUCAGCUAAAAAGGAAGAGACCAAAACGGAAACGAAGAAAGAAGAAGAAUCUGUACAGAGAAAGCUUUCGAUAAAAUCUAAAAAAGAAGAAACUGUUGUCGAAAAGCUUUCAGAAAAAGUAGAAGUUGACAAAUCCGGCGCAAAAGUAAAGAAAGUUGAAAUACUUGAAAAGAAGCCAAAAGUAGGUGGGGAAGCUUUCUUUAAAGUACAGUUAAAACCAACAAAAAAAGUACAGGUUGAAAAAGUUAAAGAGGAGAAAAAGAAGGAGGAAGAUAUUAGUUUGAAGACAUCUGAAUUGAACAUAGAAAGGAAAGCAUCACUCAAACAGGAAAUGACGAAGAAGGACAGCUUGAAGGUUAAAAAAGAAAAGCCCAGGGAGAAGACACCUGAAAUCCAAGAGAUGAAAAAUGGUUUGGCUCCUGAACCAAAAAAACCUGAGGAACCAACAAAACGUGAACCUGAACAAGCUAAACCAGCACCUGAACCACCAAAACCAAGCACACCAUCCACUCCAAAGAUCAGACGAUAUGAUCCGAUGGCAUUUAUUCCGAGUAGUUCGGAAGACGAAGACGAAGAUACUGACACGGUAGAUGAGUUACAAACAAUAGGAAAGACCAAAGUCCCGGAAAUAAAAGCGCCUGAUGCUCCGAAAAUCGAAGUAAUCAGGGAGAAAUCCCCAGCAGGAGACAGAAAGGGAUCUUUGGUUCCGGGAUCAGGACAAUCGAGUCGCAGAGGAUCCCUCAUUCCUCCCGAGGAAAGGGGUAGAAGGCCGAGUUUGAUAAUCAGUGACGAGGAAAAUAGGAAGCUGCGUCCAGGAGAAGUAUUGGAGGAAAAGAAGGUUGGCAAAUUGCGGCCGGGUGAAUUUAUUGAUCCGAAGCGGAGACGACCAAGCACAGAUAUGCGGCGCCCGAGUGUUCAGGAGCUGGAAGGGCUCAUAGACAAACCAUCCACUCCGCUGCGAGACGUUGGGGAUGCAGGACCACCGGCCAUCGUAGACGUACAAGAGAGCUACUCGGCAGUGGAAGACCAAACUGGGUACCUUACAGUUCAGGUUGAAGGAAACCCUGCACCUACAUUCAAGUUUUACAAGGGCAUGACAGAAAUUAUUGAUGGAGGAAGGUUCAGAUUCCUGACAGAAGGAGAUACCAACUCUAUCACUCUUUGUAUAAGAAAAAUCAAACCCAACGAUGAAGGGAAAUAUAAAAUUGUCGUCAGUAACUGCCAUGGAGAAGAUUCAGCGGAGAUGCAACUAUAUGUGUCAGAUUCCAGUGGAAUGGAUUUCCGUGCCAUGCUGAAGAAGAGGAAAUACGCAAAGUGGGGAAAAGACAAAGAAGACCCCGAUUGGGGUGACCUAAAAGAGACAGAAAAACCAGUACCUGCUUUGAAGAAAGUGGAAAAGAAACAAGACAGCUUCUUGAAACCACUUGUAGAUCAAAUUGCGAAAGAAGGAAAGGAUAAGAAAGUCGUGUUUGAAUGUAUCUUCAGCAAACCCGACAGCAAGCCGAAAUGGUUUUUGAGGAAAGACGAGCUAUUCCCAGGAUCCAAAUAUAAGAUGAAAGUUGACAAAGAAACAUACACCCUGAUAAUUAACACACCAAAGGUGGAAGACACUGGAAAAUACACGGUGGAGAUCGCUGGAAUAAGUUGCCAAGCGUUCCUCAAUGUUGACGAGGCUGAUCCGUCAUAUACGUUCAUCAAGCCGUUGGACAAGAAGUACGAAGGGUUUACAAGACAUGAAGUUUACCUGGAAUGUACUGUCAGCAGCAGUCUUGCCAUGGUAUCUUGGUGGAGAGGCAAAACAAAACUUACUGAAAGUGAAAAAGUUUCCAUCGAAAAGGACCUGUCAGGAAAUUGCAGGCUAACAGUAAAGGCUCUGGAAAUUGAAGACAGUGACAAAUAUUCAUGUAAGAUUGAAAAACAACCAGAUGAAACCGUCACUGAACUAGAAGUAAUCGAAUAUCCCUACAAGUUUGUGAAAGUGCUCAAGAGUAUGCAGCAUGUUGAGAAGGACACGAUUACUUUGGUUUGUGAGCUGGACGACGCGGCCGGUGACGUCACAUGGACCAAAAACGGCGAGGAGCUUAAAACAGACAAGAGAAUAAGCAUCAGCAAAGACGGACGUAAACGUAAAGUAGUGAUCAAGGAUGCCAAGGUCACGGAUGCAGGAAUGUACGCUUGUGUCAGCAAUGCUGAUAAGACGGAGGCCGAACUCAUUGUCAACUACCAAAACAGAUUCAACAAGAAGCUCAAAGACACAGUGGCGGUUGAGAGGGAGAAGCUCGUAAUGGAUAUUGAGCUUCAGGACCAGACCGCGACUGCGGAAUGGUUCUUCAACGGAGAACCUAUCAAGGAAAAUGACAGAGUUGAGAUCAAGAACCUUGGAGGAGGCAAACAUCAGCUGGUGUUCAAUAAACUGGAGUUGACUGACUCUGGUGAGAUCCUCUGCAAAUCUGGAGAACUUACUUCAUCCUGCAAACUAGAGGUGAAUCAAGGAGAGAGUUCUCCCUCCAUUGACUUUGGAGACUUGGUUGAAGCUCCAGCUAACCAUCCCAUCACAUUCAACGUACCUUUCAAAAUUUCUGGCACAAGACAGUCCCAGAUUGAAGCUAAGCUUAUCAAGGACGGAAAGCCACUGCCUCUGAAGGAAGUAGAGAUUGUGGUACAUGAGGAGAAAGUAGCGUACACAGUCAAGAAGCCAGCCCGAGGUCUCACUGGCAAAUACCAGAUCAAGAUAUCCAACGCCCAAGGAGAGGAUGUCAAGGACAUCACAAUUAACAUGCAAGAUGCUCCCACUCCUCCGCAAGAUAUUGAUGUGACAGAAAUCUUCCAGACGAGUUGUGUCAUCAAAUGGAAACCUCCGACUGACGAUGGUGGCUCACCCCUCAUCCAAUACGUCAUUGAGAGACAAGAUUUGAGCGUCAAAGGAGGGUGGCACAGUGUUGCCGAGGUACCCGCGACCGAGCCCACCAACUACAAGGUCACUGACCUAAUACACAAGAAGGAAUACAAGUUCAGGAUCAGAGCUGUCAACAAGAUAGGAACAUCUGAACCAAACAUAUUUGGCAAACCUGUCCUCGCUAAGGAUCCUUGGGACGAGCCCGGCAAACCCACUGGUGUGGAGGUGGUCGAUUGGGACAAAGAUCACGCAGAUCUUAAAUGGGUCAAACCAGAGAAUGACGGAGGAGCUCCCAUCACGGGAUACGUCAUUGAGUACAAAGAAAAGUUUGGCAAGGACUGGAUAGAAGGCAAGGUGAUAGAUGGAGAUGUGACUGGUGCAACCAUCGAUGGACUCAAGGAAGGAACGCAGUACGAGUUCCGCAUCCGAGCCAUCAACAAGGCGGGUCCUGGAGAGCCUAGUGACGCUACCAAGCCUAUCAUCGCUAAGUGUAGAUUUGUGAAACCAUUCAUUAUUGGAGAUGAUCUCCAAAACAUUGUCAUCAAGAAGGGUCAAGUUAUCAAGUAUGACAUCAAGUAUGGUGGAGAGCCAGAGCCGGAAGUUGUAUGGCAACUCAACGGAGUCGAAGUCAAGGAUGACAAUGACAAGACUACAAUUGACAAAUACGAGCGCAACACAGUCCUAACAGUGAGAAGGGCCGUUCGCGCAGACAGUGGAAAGUACAAACUGAUUUUGACAAACAGCUCGGGUGUCUGUGAAGGCAUCGCAGAAGUUGUUGUUCUCGACAAACCAUCAAAGCCUCUGGGACCACUAGAGGCAGUAGAGGUCCGAGCUAACCACAUCACUGUCCAAUGGAACAAACCAGAGGAUAACGGUGGUUCUGAGAUCACCGGCUAUGUUCUGGAGAAGAUGGAUAUGGACACUGGCAGAUGGGUGCCUGCUGGAGAGGCUGGACCCCAGAGCCCAGGUACAUUCAAGGUCGAAGGAUUGACACCCAAGAAGAAGUACAAGUUCCGAGUGAAGGCUGUGAACAAAGAGGGAGAAUCUGAACCUCUCGAGACUGAUCAGGCGAUCGUCGCAAAGAAUCCAUACGAUGAGCCCGGUCGUCCUGGAAAACCAGAAAUUAUUGACUACGACAACAAAAGUGUUACUCUCAAGUGGAAGAAGCCCGAAAGUGACGGUGGCAGACCCAUACUGCACUACGUCAUUGAGCAGAAGGACAAGUUCUCCUUGGACUGGGAGGAAGUGGCGAAGACGGAAGACGCAAACCCAGAGUGCAAGGUCGAAGGGUUGAAGGAGAAGAUGAUUUAUCAGUUCCGUGUGAGAGCCGUCAACAAAGCUGGUGCUAGUGAACCCAGCGAUCCUACAGACAACCACGUCUGCAAACAUAGAAACUUGAAACCACGUAUCGACCGUGAUGGAAUGAAGAGCGUAACCAUCAAGGCAGGUCGUACGUACAAGUGGACUGUUGACGUCACUGGCGAGCCUCCCCCAGCCCUUACCUGGACGUGGAGGGAUGGAAUUGCGCUGGUCACCACAGAUAGGAUCAAGAUAGAGAAUGUUGACUACCAGACAAACUUCACCAUCGUCAGCGCGACACGACGAGACACCGGAAAGUACACGCUUCUUGCGGAGAACGCCAACGGGAAGGAUCAAGAAAGUCUCGAGCUUACAGUUCUUUCAAAGCCGAGCAGACCCGAAGGCCCUCUCGAGGUGUCUAACGUUACCAAGAAUGGAUGCAAACUCAACUGGAAGAAACCUGCUGACGAUGGUGGCACUCCAGUGAAGGAGUACGAGGUAGAGAAGAUGGACUUGGCCACGGGCAAGUGGAUCCGAGUGGGCAAAGUCCCUGGAGAUAGGGAGGAGAUGCUCAUCUCUGGACUGGACCCUGGUCAGGAGUACAAGUUCCGGGUGACGGCCAUCAACGAUGAAGGAGACUCUGAACCCUUGGAAACUGAGAGACCGAUCGUAGCCAAGAAUCCUUACGAUGAGCCGACCCAGCCUGGUACACCACAAGUGGUGGAUUACGACCACGAGAGUGUGAAGCUCAAGUGGACCAAACCUGACUCCGACGGUGGAGCUCCUAUCGAGAAAUACAUCAUUGAAAAGAAAGACAAGUACAAGCCUGACUGGGAGCCAGCUGCAGAAGUGGCUGGUGAUCAGCUGACUGCUAAGGUACCUGACCUGAAGGAACAAGCAGAAUACCAGUUCCGCAUCAUAGCUGUGAACAAGGCCGGACCAUCACCAGCUUCCGACCCUAGCAAGAUGCAUCUCGUCAAACACAAAGCUUUGAAACCAAGGAUUGACCGCACAAACCUCAAGAACAUUGUUAUAAGAGCUGGCAAAAUGGUCAAGUAUGAUAUAAACGUUCGAGGAGAACCACCUCCAGAAAUCUCAUGGUUCUUGGUCGACAAACAGACGGAUAAAGUGAUACGUGAAGUAAAAUCUGAAGGCAAUAUUGAAAUCGUCAAUGUGCCUUACAACACGAAGAUCACAAUUAAUGAUGCCACAAGGAAGAAUUCAGGCCUUUACAGAAUAGUUGCUGAGAACGCUUCUGGCAAAGAUGAGGCUGACGUUGAAGUCACUGUGCUUUCGGCUCCUUCAAGACCGAAGGGACCUUUGAAGGUACAAGAUGUGACAGCUAACGGCUGCAAACUCAAGUGGGAGAAGCCAGAAGACGACGGAGGCAAGCCUAUCACAGCUUACUCCGUUGAGAAGCUGGAUGUGGCGACAGGACGCUGGGUGCCUGUGGGGCGAACCUCAGAGCCGGAGAUGGAAGUUAGAGGGCUCCAGGAAGGACACGAAUACCAGUUCAGAGUCAAGGCCAUCAAUGAGGAAGGAGAAAGUGAACCUUUGGAUUCCGAGGGAGCCACACUUGCCAAGAAUCCUUACGAUAUCCCGAGUAAGCCAGGAGUACCAGAGUUUGUUGACUGGGACGUGGACAGAGUUGUGCUGAAGUGGGCUCCACCUAAGUCUAACGGAGGAGCUUCCAUCACCAGCUACAUCAUUGAGGCAAAGGAGAAGUUCUCUGCUUCAUGGAAUGAAAUGACUGAUACAGGGAGCUCAGCUUGUGAAGGUACAGUGUUGGGACUGAAGGAAGGUAAUACUUACCAAUUCCGAGUCCGAGCCGUCAACAAAGCUGGUCCUUCAGAACCCAGCGAUCCAACCAAGCCUCACAUCGCUAAGGCGAGAAACUUGAGGCCUCUUAUCAACCGAGAGAAGCUGCAGAAGGUGGUCGUCAGAGCAGGAGUUGUUGUCAAGUUUGACGUUGACGUCAAAGGUGAACCUCCUCCAACAAUCACCUGGAACUUUGCUAUGAAGGAACUCCAGAACGGCCCAAGGGUCAAGAUUGAGAAUGAAGAUUACAACACUAAGAUUGCCAUAUCUGAAACAACUCGUAAGGACACUGGCAUCUAUACUGUCAUCGCAGUCAAUCCCAACGGCCGAGACGAGGCCCCUGUUGAAGUGGUUGUUCUCGACAAGCCAGGGGCACCAGAAGGACCUCUGGAAGUUUCGGACGUCCAUAAGGAGGGAUGCAAACUCAAGUGGGAGAAGCCCAAGGACGAUGGAGGUCUGCCGCUGAGUGGGUACAUUGUUGAGAAGAUGGACGUUGCUACUGGCCGCUGGGUGCCGGCCGGGUUCGUGGACCCAUCCAAGACUGAACACGAGAUCACAGGUCUUGAACCGGGCCACAAGUACCAGUUCAGAGUCAAGGCUCAGAACGAGGAAGGAGAAUCUGAACCUUUGGAAACUGAUGCGGCAAUCCUGGCCAAGAAUCCUUACGAUCCACCCGGUGCUCCGGGACUUCCAGAGAUUGUCGACUGGGAUGAACACAUGGUCGAGCUCAAGUGGGAACCUCCCUUCAGGGAUGGCGGAGCUCCCAUCACAGGCUACAUAAUUGAGAUGAAGAGCAGGUUUGAGCCUAACUUUGUCAAGGCCGUAGAAGUAACAGGCAACACCUGUAAGGGUAAGGUGCCCAAGUUGGAGGAAGGUACGCAAUACCAGUUCAGAGUUCGUGCAGUCAACAAGGCGGGUCCUGGCGAACCCAGUGAAGAGACCAACCCUCACACUGCAAAGCCCAGAUGGCAGAAACCUAGGAUUGAUCGAACCAACCUCAACAACUUGGUGUUCAAGGUCGGGCACACAGCUCUCAUUGACGUCAACGUAUCAGGAGAACCCCCUCCAACUAUUACUUGGAUUUUCAAGGACCAGGAUGAACCCCAUAAAGAAGUUGAGCUUCAGACGGAGGGAGCUAUUCGUAUUGACAAUGUUGACUACAACACCAAGUUGCUGAUCAUGAAAGCUACUCGUAAGGAGAGCGGAAAAUACACGAUAGUCGCCAAGAACUCAGUUGGCGAGGACAGAGCCGAGAUUGACAUUACUAUCUUAGGAAAACCAAGCAAGCCAAAGGGUCCUCUGAAGGUAUCAGAUGUUACAAAGAACGGCUGCAAGCUGAAAUGGGAGAAGCCCGAAGAUGACGGUGGAAGCCCCGUGGAGUAUUACGAGAUUGAAAAGCUGGAUCCCUUGACGGGACAGUGGAUUCCGUGCGGAAAGUCUGUGGAACCCGAGGCAAACAUUACGGGACUCCAGGAGGGCAAACCUUACAAGUUCAGAGUCCGAGCGGUCAACAAGGAGGGAGAGUCAGAAGAACUUGAGACUGACCACGCCAUCAUUGCCAAAAAUCCAUUUGAUGAGCCGACUAAGCCCGGAAGGCCAACUCCGACCAACUGGGACAAAGACUUUAUUGAUUUGGAGUGGGCCAAGCCUGCCAGUGACGGAGGAGCCCCUAUCGAGAAGUACAUAAUCCAGAUGAGGGACAAAGACGAAACCCCGAAGUGGGUGGAUGUCGCUACUGUACCAGGAGACAGAACUUACGGCAAAGUUACGGACGUCGUGGAAGGUCACGAGUACGAGUUCCGUAUUGUCGCAGUCAACAAGGCCGGGCCCAGUGAGCCCAGCGAUCCUUCCAAGCCGGUCAUCGCCAAACCCAGAUUUUUGGCUCCACAUAUUGAUCGUAAGAAUCUGCAGAAGAAGAUCAUCCGAGUAGGUCAGACUCUGAAGAUUGAGGCUGACAUCAAGGGUGAACCUCCUCCAAAGGUUGUGUGGUCACUCAAGGACAAAACUCUGUCUUCUGGGGACAGACUCAGAAUUGAAAAUGAAGAUUACAAGACAGACUUCACCCUAGUCAAGGCCAAGAGAUCUGACACAGGCAACUACAAAGUUACAGCAACCAAUGACUCUGGAACUGAUUCUGUGGAGGUGGAGAUUGUUGUCAUGAGUGCUCCAAGCAAGCCAAAGGGGCCACUGAAAGUACAAGAUGUUACUGCGGAAGGCUGCAAACUUAAGUGGGAGAAGCCGGAAGAUGACGGAGGAGCUCCCAUAGAACAUUACUUGAUUGAGAGGAUGGACGUGGAAUCAGGUCGAUGGGUUCCGGUCUGCACCUCAAAGACACCUGAAGCUGAGGUUGGAGGCCUUCAUGAAGGCAAGGACUACCAGUUCCGUGUGAAGGCUGUAAAUGCCGAAGGAGAAUCUGAACCACUGGAAACUGACAGUUCUAUAACAGCUAAGAACCCCUUCGAUGCGCCUGACAGACCUGGCAAACCAGUUGCCAAGGAUUGGGAUAAGAACAACGCCUAUCUCAAGUGGCCGGCACCUGCUAGCGACGGAGGUUCGCCCAUUACUUCCUAUAUUAUUGAGAAGAAGGAUCAGUACAGCUCCAAAUGGGUGAAGGCCGUUGAAUGUCAAGGCCCCAAGUGCGAGGGCAAGGUCCCUGACCUUACAGAAGGCAUGAAGUACCAGUUCAGAGUUAUUGCGGUCAACAAGGGAGGCCAGAGCAAGCCUAGUGAACCUAGCGACACGAUCACAGCCAAGGACAGAAACGUUCCUCCAAGGAUUGACCGAAGUAACCUAAAGGACAUAACUUUGAAGGCCGGCCAAAACUUGAAACUUGAUGUGAAGAUUAGUGGAGAGCCUCCUCCAACCAAGACCUGGUACCAUGGAAAAGCCAGGCUGGACUCUGCGGACAACCUGAACAUUGACUCUGAAGAUUACAAGACAAAACUGUCCAUCGUGCUGAUCACACGCAAACAGACAGGAACCUACACCAUCAAGGCUGAGAAUGCUUCUGGCAAAGACGAGGCAUCCAUCGAGGUCACUGUGCUAGACAAACCUGGAAAGCCGGAAGGUCCUUUGAAAAUCUCUGACGUUCACAAGGAGGGAUGUACACUCAAGUGGAACCCUCCAGAAGAUGAUGGGGGUGUGCCAAUUGAGUACUACCAGGUGGAGAAAAUGGACACCGAAACUGGUCGUUGGGUGCCUGCGGGCAGAUCCAAGGAGCCCAAGAUGGAUGUGGAGAACCUAGUCCCAGGACAGGAGUACAAGUUCCGUGUGAUGGCUGUGAACGCUGAAGGGGACUCUGAACCCCUAGAUGCUGAUCAUGCCAUCAUUGCAAAGAAUCCAUUUGACGAACCCGGUGCUCCGGGAACUCCAGAUGUUGUGGACUGGGACAGGGACUACGUGGACCUCAAGUGGGCGCCUCCGUCCAAGGAUGGAGGAGCUCCCAUCACAGGAUAUGUGAUUGAAAAGCGAGAGAAGGGCAACCCUAAGUGGACCAAGGCCGCUGAGCUUCACGGACCUGAGUGUAAGGGACGAGCGGACAACCUUGAGGAGGGAGUCGAGUACGAGUUCCGCGUCCGAGCCGUCAACGAGGCAGGACCUGGCGAACCCAGCGGACCUAGCAAGUCUGUGGUCACCAAACCAAGGAAACUGGCUCCCAAGAUCGACCGCAGGAACCUGAAGAACUUGACCAUCAAGGAAGGUGAACCGUUCAUGUUUGACGUCAAAGUUCAGGGAGAACCUGCGCCUGAAAUCACGUGGAUUUUGAACAGCAAGGAAAUCCACAGCAACUCUAUCAAACAGAUUGAUAACACACCAAACCACACCAAGUUCUUCCACAAGAACCCGGAGCGCAAGGACAGUGGUGUGUACAAGAUACAAGCCAUCAACAAGUACGGAUCUGACGAAGCUGAAGUGGAAGUCACUGUUGUCUCCAAGCCCGGCAAGCCCGAGGGUCCUCUAGAGGUAUCUGAUGUACACAAAGAUGGCUGCAAGUUGAAGUGGAAGAAGCCUAAGGACGACGGAGGAGAGCCCAUCGAAGGCUACCUAGUAGAGAAGUACGACCCUGACACAGGAGUAUGGCUGCCCGUGGGGCGCACCAAGGAUCCGGAGAUGGAAGUCACGGGUCUGACUCCUGGACACGAGUACAAGUUCCGGGUCAAAGCCAUAAACAAAGAAGGAGAGUCUGAACCUCUGGAGACCCUUGGAUCCAUCAUUGCCAAGGAUCCGUUCACUGUUCCCAGCGCACCAGGAGCACCAGACCCGGUUGACUGGAGCCAGAACCACGUAGAUCUCAUUUGGAAAGAACCGAUCUCUGAUGGUGGUUCUCCAAUCACUGGAUACAUCAUUGAAAAGAAAGACAAAUACAGCACAAUUUGGGAGAAAGCAAUUGAGACAAACACUGGCACACCGCAGGCCGUUGUCAGUGGUCUCAUUGAAGGCAAUGAAUACCAGUUCCGUGUGAUCGCAAUCAACAAGGCAGGUCAGAGCGAGCCUGGAGAGCCCAGCAAGAACUUCAUUGCCAAACCUCGAUUUUUGGCUCCAAGGAUUGACAGGCGCAAUCUUCGUGAUGUCACCCUCUCAGCUGGAACAACCCUCAAGUUUGAUGCCAAUGUUAUUGGUGAACCUCCUCCAACCAUUGAAUGGAGGGCUGGAGGCGUACCUCUCAAGAGUGGGAAGUACGUGACAGUAGACAAUAGUGACUACAAUACCAAGCUGGUGAUCAGACCAGUGCAGCGAGGUGAUUCUGGGGAGUACCAGGUGACAGCGAGUAACAGCUCGGGACGAGACCAGGUCGUCAUCAACGUCACUGUCACUGACAAACCUGACAAGCCUCAGGGUCCCUUGCAGAUAUCUGAUGUGCACAAAGAGGGUUGUAAGUUGAAGUGGAAGAGGCCUAAGGACGAUGGAGGGGCUCCUAUUGAAUAUUACCUUGUUGACAAGUACGAUCCCCUGACGGCUCAGUGGGUACCUUGCGGCCGACCAUCAGAGCCAGAACUCAAUGUAACUGGAUUGACUCCUGGACAUGAGUACAAGUUCAGAGUCUCCGCAGUCAACUCAGAAGGAGAGUCUGAACCUUUAGAGUCGGCUGAGUCCAUCAUUGCCAAGAAUCCAUUUGACGAACCUGGAAAGCCUGGUAAUCUACGGGCGACAGACUGGGACAAAGAUCACGUCGACCUAAAGUGGGAACCUCCCACAAACGACGGAGGAUCUCCCAUCACCGGAUACGUCGUGGAAGUGAAGGACAAGUUCGGCAACUGGGAGAAGGCAGUGACAGUUCCUGCGGGAGUAACGUCUGCUACAGUUCCUGGACUGAUGGAGGGAGAACCGUAUGUGUUCCAAGUACGAGCCAUCAAUGCCGCGGGACCUGGCGAGGCUAGUGACCCAACACCAACCAUCUGGGCCAAGCCUCGCAACCUGGCGCCUAAGAUUGACAGGACCAACUUGAUAGAGGUCCGCAUCAAGGCUGGACAGAACUUCGGUUUUGAUGUUAAAGUCACUGGUGAACCAGUGCCGAAAACAAAAUGGCAGCUGAACCGAUCAGAACUGAAGAGUGGAGAGAGAACCAAGGUGGUUCAUUCUGACUACAACACCAAACUGAACGUGCGAAUGGCGACUAGAGCAGACACAGGAAAAUACACAGUCACCGCAGAAAACAUCAAUGGACAAGACUCCGCAGACGUUGUCGUCACUGUCAUCGAUAAACCGAGUCCUCCCAAUGGACCUCUGAAGGUUUCUGACGUCCACGCAGAAGGCUGCAAGCUCGCCUGGAAGCCUCCAGAUGAUGACGGUGGUCAACCAAUUGAGAAGUAUGUUGUGGAGAAAAUGGACGAAGCAACAGGCCGAUGGGUACCAGCAGGAGAGACCAUUGGACCAGAAACAUCACUCAAUGUUGAGGGCCUUACUCCCGGACACAAGUACAAGUUCAGGGUUCGAGCGGUCAACAAGCAAGGAAAAUCAGAACCUCUGCAGACCGGUCAGGCCAUCGAGGCUAAGAAUCCAUUUAAUUCUCCUGGACAACCUGGCAUCCCGGAGAUCAAAGACUACGAUAGAGACUUCGUAGACUUACAGUGGACCAGACCUUUGGAGGACGGAGGAUCCCCAAUCACUGGCUACGUCAUUGAGAAGAAGGAAAAAUACAACCCCAACUGGGAACCCUGUGCUGAAAUAGAAGGAGACGUAACCACAGGCCAUGUUCCGGGACUGAUUGAAGGAACACAGUACGAGUUCCGUGUGCGAGCUGUCAACAAGGCAGGACCUGGAGAACCCAGCGAAGGCACUCGGCCUCACAUCGCUCGUCCCAAGAACUUGCCUCCUAAGAUCGACCGCAACGCCAUGGUGGACAUCAAAGUAAGAGCUGGACACAACUUUGAACUGGACAUCCCUGUCAUUGGAGAGCCUCCUCCAUUGAAGGAAUGGUCUUUGAAGGGCAACACAGUUCUCAACACUGACAGGAUCAAGAUUGUCAAUGAAGACUACAACACCAAGAUGAGAGUUGUGGAUGCCAAACGUAGCGACGCUGGAACGUACACUCUAGUGGCUAAGAACAUCAACGGCAAAGACACUGCUACCGUCAACGUUGCUGUGCUUGAUGUGCCUUCACCGCCAGAGGGUCCUUUAACUCCAUUCAACAUCAACAAGAACUCUUGUCAACUCCAAUGGAGACCUCCCAAGGACGAUGGAGGUUCAGACAUCACCCACUACAUCGUGGAGAAGAUGGAUGCUGAGAAUCUCCGAUGGGUGCCUGUCACCGAGGUGUCCGGCACUCAAGCGAGAGUUGACCACUUGAUCGAGGGUCAUGAUUACAACUUCAGAGUCAAGGCUGUGAACAAGUUUGGAGAGUCGAUGCCUUUGGCCAUGUCUUCUCCUAUCACUGCCAAGGAUCCCUUCGGCAAACCUGACAAACCAGGAGCACCUGAGCCUACAGACUGGGACAAAGAUCAUGUUGAUCUGAAGUGGACACCUCCGAAGAAAGAUGGAGGAUCUCCGAUCACUGGAUACAUCAUUGAAAAGCGAGCCAAAUUUGGGCCGUGGGAGAAGGCUGCGGAAGUUAGUGGCAAUGUGACACAUGGAACUGUACCUAACCUAACCGAAGGUGAGGAGUACGAGUUCCGAGUGAUCGCAGUCAACAAAGGAGGCCCGGGAGAGCCGAGUGAAGCCUCCAGACCCGUGGUGGCUAAGCCGAGAUUCUUGGCGCCUCAGAUUGACAAGAUGGCGAUGCAGGACCUGGUGGUACGAGCCGGACAGAGAAUCAACUUUACCAUCCCUCUGGAAGCCUCACCCAAGCCCAAGGCCGAAUGGAGUAUCAACGGAGUUGCCAUCAAACCAAGCAACCGAGUUGACAUGCAGAUCUACAACAACCAAGUGUUGUUUGAGAUUCCAUUCUCUGUGCGUUCUGACACUGGAAAGUACUCGCUCACUCUGACCAAUGACAUCGGAACAUGCACAGCUUCAGCCAACGUCACAGUUAUAGACAGACCAUCGCCGCCCGAAGGCCCAUUGGAGGUGAGCAAUGUGACCAAGGAGAGUGCGCGGCUCGCGUGGCGUACUCCUGUAGACGACGGAGGUUCACCUAUCCUUCACUAUGUGAUUGAAAAGAUGGAUGUCUCCCGUGGAACGUGGUCUGACGCUGGCAUGUCAUCGGCUCUGUACCAUGAAGUCCAGAGGCUUAUCCACCGCAAGGAAUACCUCUUCAGAGUCAAGGCAGUCAACACUGUCGGUGAAUCUGAUCCUCUAGAAACAACCAAGACGACAAUCGCAAGGAAUGAAUUUGAUGAGCCGGAAGCACCAGAAAAGCCGCAAGUGACAGAUUGGGAUGAAGAUCACGUAGAUCUGGCUUGGGUCAAACCUAAGUCUGACGGUGGAUCUCCAAUCACUGAGUACAUCAUUCAGAAGAAGGAGAAGGGAAGUCCUUACUGGGUGAAUGCUGUCACCGUUCCUGCUUCCAAGACUACGGCAACUGUACCAGAUUUGACCAAAGGACAAGAGUACGAGUUCCGUAUAAUCGCUGUCAACUCUGCUGGUCCCAGCGCUCCUAGUGAACCAUCCGACCCUGUAGUGUGCAAGAAAAGAUACUUGGCUCCCAAGAUCGUUACACCACUGAAAGACAUAACCAUCAAGGCAGGACAAAUUCUGCAUCUGGACAUAGACUUCAUCGGAGAGCCUCCUCCAGAGGUUGUCUGGACCGUAGGUAGUCGAGACCUCAAGACAGACGCUCGUACUACUGUCACCUCCAUUGGCUACCACACCAUCAUCAAUACUGUCAACACCAAGCGCUCGGACAGUGGAGACUACCAUAUACUGUUGCGCAACAGCUCGGGAACUGACCAAGGCUCCUUUGUCGUUUCUGUGCUCGACCGUCCUGAUCCACCGGGUGAACCACUGGCGUAUGAGGAGAUCACCUCCUCCAGUGUCACCCUGUCUUGGAGACCUCCUAAGGACAACGGAGGCAGUGAAAUCACCGGAUAUGUGAUUGAAAAGCGAGACUUGACCCAUGGAGGCGGAUGGGUCCCGGCCGUAAACUAUGUCAGCCCAGUCAACACUCACGCCACAGUACCGAGACUGCUGGAAGGUACCAAGUACGAGUUCCGGGUCAUGGCUGAGAAUCUGCAAGGUCGUUCCGACCCAAUCACUACGGACAAACCUGUGGUCGCCAAGAACCAGUUUGAUGUUCCCGGAAGACCUGGAAAGCCCGAAGCUGUAGAUGUUGACAAGGAUCACAUCAAGCUCAAGUGGGCAUCUCCGAUCAGCAACGGAGGCUCAACCAUCCUCGGCUACGAUGUGGAGAGACGAGACAAAGCCACGGGACGAUGGAUCAAGAUGAACAGAGACCCAGUUAGAGGCUGUGAGUUCUACGAUGACCACGUACAUGAAGGCAAGCAGUACGAGUACAGAGUCAGCGCAAUCAACGCAGCUGGCUCAAGCAAACCUAGUGACGUUUCUGAGGUCUACACGGCUAAACUGAUGAGAGAAAAACCAAAACUGCAUUUGGACGGACUUGUGGGCAAGCGAAUCAAGGUGAGGGUCGGGGAACCAAUCAUCAUUAACAUUCCAAUUAGUGGAGCCCCGACUCCCACCAUUGACUGGAGCUUCAACGGAGGCCACCUGCCAAUGACUACAAGACAUUCCACUGACACCUCGAGUAACAUGACUAAACUGAGGGUAGAAAACUCUAACCGAAAUGACUCUGGAAAAUACACAAUCAAAGCCAAGAACGAGUUUGGACAAGACUCGGCUGACAUUGAAGUGACCGUAGUCAACAAACCAGGACAGCCUAGAGGACCUCUGAGCUACGACUCGGUAACUCAGGACACCAUAUCUCUAUCCUGGCAUCCACCUACGGACGACGGUGGCAGCGACAUUACAGGAUACAUUGUGGAAAUGUCCGACUACGGAUCUGAUUUGUGGAAGCCAGUUCCUGGUUUCUGUCCCAAGACCAACUUCACAGUGAAGGGGUUGACGGAGGGUAAGAAGUACAUCUUCCGAGUCCGCGCAGAGAACAUUUACGGAGUGUCGGAACCUUUGGAUGGUAAACCAGUCAUCGCAAAGAGUCCGUUUGAUCCGCCAGACGCUCCCGGCCAACCGGAUAUCUUGGGCUACACUCCAAACAGCUGUACACUGUCUUGGGACCCUCCUGCAUCCACGGGUGGAAAACCUAUCACAGGGUACUACGUGGAGAAGCGUGAACGUGGCGGGGAAUGGAUGAAGGUGAACAACUACCCCACACCCAACACUACGUUCACAGCACAGGACUUACGAGAGGGUUCACGUUACGAGUUCCGAGUGAUCGCAGUCAACGAGGCAGGUCCUGGCAAACCCAGCAAGCCCACCGAACCCAUUACUGCCAAGGAGCAGAAGAGAAAGCCUGAUGCACCAGAUCCACCAAAGGCGGACCGCGUUACCCGUGACAGUGUUACUCUCUCGUGGCGUCCACCAAGGCACGACGGAGGGGCCAAGAUCAAGGGAUACAUCAUACAGAAGAAGAAGAAAGGAGACGCUGACUGGUCCGAUGCCAACACUUCUCCAGUUCCCAAUACUCUGUACACAGUAACUGGACUGAAGGAGGGAGACGAAUACCAGUUCCGAGUUAUCGCUGUGAAUGACAUCGGCAACAGUGAUCCCAGCAGGCCAAGUGCCUCCAUCUUGGUGGAAGAGCAGCCCAACAAGCCUUGCAUGGACCUUGGUGGAGUACGAGACAUCACGGUCAGAGCAGGAGAAGACUUCAGCAUCCAUGUUCCAUUCAUGGGCUUCCCUCUUCCUACAGCAUCUUGGUUCAAGGACGACACCAUCUUGGACGAUUCCGACUCCAGGAUACAUAGACAGUUGACUGACAGCUCCGCCACAUUCAUCAUGAAGAACUCCAAGCGGUCCGACUCCGGCCAAUACCGACUUCAGUUGAGGAACACGUCAGGAUACGAUACAGCAACUAUCAACGUGCGAGUGCUCGACCGACCGUCCCCACCGACGAAUCUGCGUGCAGACGAGUUUGCGGGAGAAGCCCUCACGUUGUACUGGAACCCACCUAAGGACGAUGGAGGUGCUCCAAUCUCCAACUACAUUGUGGAGAGGAAGGAGCACAAUGCCCCAGCUUGGUCUAAGGUGAGCAGUUACAAUACCACAUCAUUCUGUCGUAUCCGUAACUUGAUCAUCGGCCGCAGCUAUGAGUUCCGAGUGAUGGCGGAGAACCAGUACGGAGUAUCCGACCCAGCGACCACUUCUGACCCGAUCAGGGCCAGACAUCCAUUUGAUCCGCCAGGUCCGCCUGGGGCGCCCCGAGGUGUUGAGUCUACUGAAGACUCCAUCACCAUCAACUGGACCAAGCCCCGCCACGACGGAGGAUCUCCCAUCACUGGCUAUGUCAUAGAGAAGAGGCUCAUCAGUGAGGAGAAGUGGACAAAGGCUGUUCACGCACACAUCCCUGAUCUUACCUGCAAGGUGAUCAACCUGAUAGAGAACCAGCAAUAUGAGAUGAGAGUGGCAGCUGUCAACGCAGCCGGUCAAGGGCCUUUCAGCUCCUCCAGUGAGCCAAUCUGGUGCAGAGCUCCCCCUUGUGCUCCGAAGAUCACAAGUGAUCUAAGCAUCAGGGAUAUGACUGUGAUCGCUGGAGAAGAGUUUACCAUCACGGUUCCAUUCAUCGGUAAUCCAACUCCCAAGCCAACUUGGACCGUCAAUGGACAAGAAGUGAUUGCAGAUGGCCGCAUCGAGUUUAAGACAUCUGCUAACUCGACGGUGUUCCACAAUAAAUGUGCCAAACGUGCAAAGGACUCAGGAACGUACACAAUUCACCUUGUCAACAACAUGGGAUCUGACUCUGCCUCUUGCAGAGUACUGGUUGUUGACAAGCCGCUGCCUCCUCAAGGCCCGCUGGAUGUCUCGGAUAUCACUCCCGAGACCUGCAGUCUCUCAUGGAAGCCUCCAUUGGACGACGGAGGAUCUCCGAUUACCAACUACGUAGUGGAGAAGCUAGAGACUACCACUGGAUAUGAGAGCCAUCCAACUAAAUUCAAGAGUAUAUUUCUUAGAGAUGUAGAGGUUUGGACGAAGUUGAGCAGUUUUGUACGUGGCACAACGUACGAUGUGAUCGGCCUAGAGCCCAACAAGAAAUACAACUUCCGAGUCCGAGCUGAGAACCAGUACGGAGCCUCUGAUCCCAUUGAGAUGGACUCUCCGAUGACAGCCAAGUUCCCGUUCACAGUUCCGGAUCCUCCCGGACAGCCUCAGAUUGUAGAUUCGGAUCACAGCAACGCUUCACUUAUGUGGGAAAGACCAAGGAGCGAUGGCGGAUCCAGGAUCCAAGGAUACAAGGUUGAAUUUAGAGAUGUUGCCGAAGACACUCAGUGGCGUACGGCUAAUGACUACCUGGUCAAGGAGCCGAACUUCACCGUCCGCAGCUUGCUGGCUAACCACGCCUACGAGUUCCGAGUACGAGCCAUGAACGCUGCUGGCUUCAGCAAACCUUCAACGCCUUCUCAGCACUUCAAGCUCAAGGGCAAAGCUAAGGUUCCGGGAGCUCCUGGUACGCCAACCGUGAUCAAGGUCGGCAAGAACUACGCAGACCUCAAGUGGGAGCCACCAACAUCCGACGGAGGCAGCAAGAUCACCGGAUACAUCGUGGAAAAGAGAGAAAGCGGAACUGCUAUGUGGGUUAGGUGUAACGACUACAACAUCACAGACUGUACCUUCACUGCACUGAGUCUGACGGAGAACUCGGACUACGAGUUCCGAGUGUUUGCCGUCAACGCGGUCGGCAAGAGUGAACCAAGCUCGUGUACGAUGCCAGUCAAGAUCUGCGAGCUCGAAGGUGGAGAGAAACCAGAGUUCAUUCAGACGUUGUCCAAUUCCGUUGUACCUCUCGGACGAAUCCUCACCCUGCAGUGUGAGGCAACUGGAAAGCCAGUGCCAAAGGCAAGGUGGUUGAGGAACGGAAGAGAGUUGACAAACGCUCGGUUCCGCACCGAGACUGCCGGAGGUGUUUUCCGUCUUCACUUCCCUGAAGUACAAGAAACUGACGAAGGAGACUACACUUGUGAAGCCUCCAAUGCUGUUGGUUUCGCUACUACCACUUCAAGAGUCAAGAUCGGAAACCCUCCGCACAUCCACCGAUGCCCAGAGGAACUUUAUCUGCCUGAGGGUGAUAAUAACAAAAUCAAGAUAUUCAUCUCCGGUGAUCAGCCUAUGGACGUUAUCUUGACUAAGGACGGAUCAGAAGUGAAGGAAUCUGUCCACAUCAAGUACACAGUGUUUGAUGAGUAUAUCAUCAUUUUCAUCAAGGAUGUAACCAAAGAGGACGCAGGAAACUAUACCAUUACCUGCAAGAACGCUUCUGGCAGUGUCUCUGCCACCUUCACAGUGUACAUUACUGGUAUUCCUGGACCCCCAGUUGGUCCUCUGGACGCAUCUCACAUCACCAAACACACUUGCACCUUGGAAUGGAGUCCGCCAAAGUACGACGGAGGUUUGAGAAUCACACACUACGUCGUCGAGCGAAGAGACGUCAACAGCCCACACUGGAUAUGCAUAUCUACAUCAUGCAGAGAUACUCAGUUCACUGUGCAAGGCCUGACUGAAGGAAACGAGUAUCUGUUCCGAGUCAUGGCUGUCAAUGACAACGGAAUGGGACCUCCUCUAGAAGGCGCUAAUCCCAUCAAGGCUAAGUCUCCUUACGACAAGCCAUCGCCUCCUGGAAUCCCGACUGUGACGGAAGUGGGUGGUGACUUUGUCAAUCUCAGCUGGGAGAGGCCGACCUCAGACGGAGGAUCUCGUAUCCAGGGCUACUGGAUCGACAAACACGAGAUCGGAAGUGACACUUGGACCAGAGUGAAUCUGUCCAUCUGUAUCACUACGCAGAUCAACAUCUCCAACCUCAUAGAGGGCCGACAGUACGAGUUCAGAGUAUACGCUCAGAACGAGGCUGGAUUGAGUCUUCCGUCAGCGGCUUCUACAUCCGUCAAGAUAAAGGAUCCCCUUGCUGCCACUCCGCCAGAGAUAGUCAAGCCUCUGAGAGGGGUGCAGACAAUAGAGAACCACAACGCUCAGUUCCAAUGUACCAUCACUGGAGUGCCAAGGCCCACCAUUUCAUGGUACAAGGGAGCGAGGGAGAUCACGCCGGGCGCCAGACACCACACGUUUGCCGAGGGUGACAACUACACUCUCAUCAUCAACAAUGUGUACGGUGUAGACGCUGAUGAGUAUGUGUGCCGAGCCAGCAACAAGGCAGGAGUCAGGUCCACGAAGGCUGAGCUCGUUAUUAUGACUGCUCCAAAGCUGAAUGUACCUCCUCGGUUCCGAGACACAGCAUUCUUCGACAAGGGUGAAAACGUUGUUGUGAAGAUUCCGUUCACCGGCUUCCCUAAACCAAAGAUUUCAUGGUACAGAGGGGAAGAGAAGAUUGAGUCCGGAGGACAUUACCAUGUUGAGGUUAAGGAGCGACACGCCAUUCUGACGAUCCGAGAUGGCAGCAAAUUUGAUUCCACACAAUACAGGAUCGUAGCUGAGAACGACCAAGGUGUAGACUCUGCCAUCAUAAACAUUCAGAUCAGCGACCACCCAGACCCGCCCAAGUUUGUGACGGCAGAAGACAUCGGCCACGACUCUCUAGCUCUGACAUGGAAACCACCAGUUUGGGACGGAGGCAGCAACAUCACCUGUUACAUUGUCGAGAAGAGAGAACAUCCAAUGUCUAGCUGGAUCAGGGUCGGAAACACCAGGUUCACAACAAUGGCUGUGACUGGCCUCAGCCCGGGACAUCAAUACGAGUUCAGAGUUUACGCUGAGAAUGUUUACGGCAGAAGUGAUUCUAGUGACACAACCGGCAUUGUUACCACCAAGAGCUCUGGGAAACGGCAGAUCAAGAAGAGGCAGUACGAAGUUGAUGAAAAUGGCAAAAAGAUCAGAGGAACAACGGAUGAGAAGGUUAAGGACUACGACCAUUACGUGUUUGACAUCUACUCCAAGUUUGUUCCUCAACCGGUUGACAUCAAGACAGAUUCGGUUUACGACUACUACGACAUUCUGGAAGAGAUCGGAACAGGAGCGUUCGGUGUCGUACACAGAUGUAGAGAGCGCAAGUCCGGAAACAUCUUUGCCGCUAAGUUCAUCCCAGUGUCUCAUAACAUGGAGAAGGAACUGAUCCGUAAAGAAAUUGACAUCAUGAACCAACUUCAUCAUCCCAAGCUCAUCAACCUUCAUGAUGCUUUUGAGGAUGACGAUGAAAUGGUCCUGAUAUUCGAGUUCUUGUCUGGCGGAGAGUUGUUUGAGCGAAUCACAGCUGAGGGCUACACAAUGUCCGAGGCGGAGGUCAUCAACUACAUGAGACAGAUCUGUGAAGCCAUCAAACACAUGCACGAGAAGAACAUAAUCCACCUUGACAUCAAGCCAGAGAACAUUAUGUGCCAAACUAAGAACAGCACAAACGUCAAGCUCAUAGACUUCGGCCUCGCCACCAAACUGGAUCCCAAUGAGGUGGUGAAGAUCUCAACAGGAACUGCGGAAUUCGCUGCUCCUGAGAUUGUCGAGCGAGAACCUGUCGGCUUCUACACAGACAUGUGGGCCGUCGGUGUACUGGCUUAUGUCUUAUUGAGUGGAUUAUCACCAUUUGCGGGCGAGAACGACAUUGAAACAUUGAAGAACGUCAAGAAUUGUGAUUGGGACUUCGAUGAAGAGGCCUUUGCAAAUGUAUCUACCGAAGGAAAAGACUUUAUUAAAAGACUAUUAGUGAAAAAUAAAGAAAAGAGAAUGACAGCCCAUGAGUGUCUUUUACAUUCCUGGUUGACCGGUGACCACAGCAACCGAUCAGCCGAAAUCAACCGAUCUCGGUACCUCAAGAUGCAGAGCAAGAUCCGCAGCAAGUACGAACACUGGGAAGACUUUGUGCUGCCUCUCGGACGGCUUUCCGAGUACAGUAGUCUGCGGAAACUGCUCAUUGAAAAAUACCGCAUACAAGAGACAUCAUUCGAUCGUCGGCAAGCGGCACCGAGGUUCGUAAUCAAACCUAACAGUGCGUUUGCCUACGAGGGACAGAGUGUUAAGUUCUACUGCCGUGUGAUAGCCGUAGCAACUCCUACCCUCUCCUGGUUCCACAACAACCAAGAGCUUAGGCAAAGUGUCAAGUUCAUGAAGCGAUACACACAAGACGACUACAGCUUCAUCAUCAACAGGGUUAAGUUGGAAGACAGAGGAGAGUACAUCAUCCGAGCGGAGAACCACUACGGAUACAGGGAAGAAGUUGUCUUCCUCAACGUACAACCUCUGCCAAAGACUGUGCCCUUGUACAAACCAGAGAUGCACCCAGUGAGGAGAAGAGAACCUCUGCCAUACACGUUCUGGCAGGAGGAGACAGAAAGUGCGCCUUGCUUUACAUUCCUGCUGCGGCCCCGAGUCAUGCAGUUCCGUCAAACUUGCAAGCUGCUUUGCUGUCUCAGUGGAAAACCUGUUCCUACGGUCAAAUGGUUCAAGGGAUCAAGAGAACUUUCAAAGUACGAGUACACGAUGACACACUCGGAUGGUGUGGUAACCAUGGAGAUCGUGGACUGCAAGCCUGAGGACUCGGGCAAAUACCGUUGUGUCGCCACCAACGUACACGGAACUGACGAAACCAGCUGUGUCGUUAUUGUGGAAGGCACAGGUGAAACCGAGGAACAGGUGGCGUUAGCUCAUAACUUGAUGCAUUCAGGAGAUCGUAGGUUUAUUGAGCAGCCGCUGAGAUCGCCGCAGACCAUUGUUACCAACAGAACUCUUGUUACCAGCAACACCAACACCAACCGCUCAACUCAGUCAACAAACUACAACUCCACAACGGCAACAACAAAUUCAACUUCUGAUGUAAAUAAGAAAUCAAUAAAGAAGUAUGGCAGCAAGUACGAUAGCAAGAGUCCAUCUCGCUCUAGGAGUGCUACUAAGGAACUUAUACUUCCGCCAGACGACUCGAUGUGCCCACCAGAGUUCACCCAGAAGUUGAUAGAUCGCAAGAUCAAUGAUGGAGAUCCUCUUGAACUAACGUGUUUCAUCAAGGGCGACCCAGAACCUCAAGUUAUAUGGCUCAAGGACGGCAAGACCCUGAGAUCUUCAGAUGUGGUGGAUCUCAAAUACCGAAACGGCUUAGCUACAUUGAACAUCGGGGAAGUUUUCCCUGAAGACGAGGGAGAAUACGUCUGUCGAGCCUCUAACUCAUUGGGCACCGUCGAGACCAAAUGCAAACUCACCGUCAUACCCCUGCCAAACCCAGUCCCACUGAAGCCAGGAGAGAAGGACAUUGCUCCAAGGAUAGUCAGCCAUCUAAAAUCUGACUUUGUCAAGGAUGGGGACCCAGUAGUGUUAUCUGUCAGGAUAAUAGGAGCUCAAAAGUUUGAUGUCAUUUGGUUACAUAACAACAAAGAAAUCAAGCCAAGCAAAGAUUUCCUAUACACAAAUACAGCCAACAUUUACAAGCUGAACAUCGCCGAGAUCUUCCCUGAAGAUUCUGGUAUCUACACGUGUGAAGCCUUCAAUGACUCAGGAGAAUCGUUCAGCAGCUGUACACUCACUGUUCUGGUUCCAAACGAAGAACCUAAGAGUCCAGUGUUCAAAACAUUCCCGCGAUCAGCAACCGCCCAGGAAGGAGAAAGCAUAGAGUGUGAAUGUGAAUUUAAGGAUACCCCGACGAAAGUAACGUGGUUAAAGGAUGGCAAACCGAUUGAAGAAGGAAGUUCAAAGUACGAAUUCGUCCAGGCAGGAAAGAAAUUCCAGUUCAAAAUUUUAAGCAGUACAAGCCUGGAUAUGGGCCAGUACUUAGUCAAGGCGGUGGAUAAAACCGGCGAAUCCACAGCGGCUUUCUCCGUUAAUGUUUAUUCAUCUGUAUAAAUUAAGUAAAGAACUGUCAAGUAAGAAUCUUGCAUGGAACACAAUAUAAAACAAAUGUCUUCGGCGCAUUUCCUCGAAUAGUUUCAUCAUAUGCUCUUCAGACAAGAUAAAUCUCUUGUUUUCUAAUGUUCACCAAUUGCUUAAUGCAUGUACAUUGAUGUAAUGUACUCGUAAAUAUUUAAAUAAAUGUAAUUUAUUAUUUUAAUUAUUAAA